CCAUCUCAUUUGUACGCGUGCGCAAUAGAAAGUGGCGGGUUGCUGUAGUGCUACCAGCUUCAUUUCUUUGUUUAAAGAAUCGAGUUUGGGAAGAAUAGACAGGCGACUAUCUUAGAACAGUUAAUGUUUGCAGGGACGCUGGUUUUUUCAUACGGUAAUUUUACUUACGCGUGAUUAAGGGGCCGAGCACGGGAAGGAAAUAUUUUGCUACUUGGGUGCUGCAGAAGUUAGUUGGUUGCUAGCUAGCUGCCGUUUAGCGCAAACGGUCGUUUUUUUCGAGCUAGCCAGAGGAACCAGCUGGUUCCACAGACUCUGCCCUGCCAAGCAUGAGCCAGCCUUCAGAACCCCCUGUUGAUGCUCCCGCAGUUACAACAGAGACUGAGAAAUGUAUAACAGAGGGGACAAGAAAAAAAGAAAUUCUACAAGAAAACAGUGCCACCAAAGUUCCCCUUCCAGAGGUGAAGCUGGCGGCCACCGCUGGGAAAAAGCAGAACAAGAAGAAAGUGGAGGAGGUAGUGGAGGAGGAGGAGGAAGAAUAUGUCGUGGAGAAGGUUCUGGAUCGGCGGGUGAUGAAGGGCAAGGUGGAGUACCUGCUGAAGUGGAAGGGAUUUUCAGAUCGUUCCUUGCAGGAGUGCUGUCUGCCUACAAAUCAUGAGGACAACACCUGGGAGCCUGAGGACAACCUCGACUGCCCGGACCUGAUCGCAGAGUUCCUGCAGUCGCAGAAAGCAGCCCACGAGGCUGGCGGGAAGAGGAAGGUGGAGUCCGAGCCAGAUGGGGCAGGGGCAGGAGCAGCAGAGGAGAGUCGGCCCAAGAAGAGGAAAGAUGAGCCUGAGAAGCUCAGAGGGUUUGCCCGAGGCCUGGAACCCGAGCGCAUCAUUGGGGCCACGGACUCCAGCGGGGAACUCAUGUUCCUCAUGAAGUGGAAAAACUCAGACGAGGCAGACCUGGUGCCAGCCAAGGAGGCCAACGUUAAGUGUCCACAGGUGGUCAUCUCUUUCUAUGAGGAAAGGCUCACAUGGCACUCGUACCCCACAGAGGAGGAGGAGAAGAAGGAGGACAAGAAUUAGACAGGGACUGGGGGAGGGGUAGCGGGCCAAGUGGGGGGAGGGGUUGCAGAUCCCCCUCUGUUUUUGUUUUUUAUGGUUUUCUUUAAAACGCGAACACAUCACUUAGGUGAGCCGGCCGGAGGAGGCUAUAGGAGGUGCGUGAAGGGGUGAGACAGCAGGGAGGAGGUGCAGUAUCCCUUUCUGUUUAGACACUGGGUCACCACUCAAGCUGACAGCUUCAGCAGGGGUUUUCAGCUACUUGUGGUAAGAUCACACAUUUGUAUCCAACAGAUUGUCUACAAACAUUUUAAACAUUAUUUUUAAUGGCUAGAAAAAUCUGAAAAAAAAUAAAGGCUGCCAAAGACUAGUUGUGAUGACCUUACACUUGUAUUCAGAGAAGAAACCUUUUCUCUUCAAACUUUUUUUUGUCUUUGGAUUUUAUUUUUCUUUCUUUUGCUGUAGUCUGUAUAUCUGCAAAACAAACUUUAAAUUUGUGCUGGAACAACCUCAUGACAUGGCGGCUGCAUAGUUUUGCUGUGGUGUGCUGCUCUGGUGACAUGCAGAGAAGUGCCCCCAGGAAGCUGGAAAAUGGGUUUACACAGGCUGAACAGCGGGCAGGCAACUAGUUCGCUACACACUGCCAGCAUCUGUGGCCGGUGCCCGCGAGCUAGCUGACACCCGUGUGCAUAGUGUGAUGGGAAAUUCCUGGGCAGUCUAAGCUGUGCAAGCCAGCCAGUGUUUUUUUUUGGCAGGUUCUGAGUGUAAAUCUCUCCUGAGCUACAGAGGUUUAAAAUAUGUUCAGUGAUUGUGACCUUGCCUCUCUUUGAACAGAAAGCUGGUGCGUAUCCAGCGAUACAUGCACACACAAACACAGAUGUCUGGCCACCAAUCCCAGAGGCCACCAGCUGUAAGUGUGGGGUUGGUGGACAGCAGACGCCCUGGUCAGAUUAACAGGUACAGAAUAAAAUUACUGUUCAGUAUGAGGGAAAUGUUUAUUUUGGACCAAAUGUCUUUAUUUUUACAAUGCAUUUCAGGAUGGACAGUAGUGAGUAAUUCUUCAGCAGAAUGUUUUCUGAAGAACCCUCAGAGUGCAGAACCCUCUUAACAUACAGAUUUUUUUUUUUGGAGAAUCCAUAGUAUUUCAAAGAGGAGCAAGCAUGUGAUUGCAGUAUUAUACAUUUGCUCACAUCACCGGGCACUGGUGUUGCCACUGCCAUACUGUUUUAACAGAACUUUGGAAAAUAAAGUGCAAUUAACGACCCCUUUUCAGAACGUUUAUUUUUUAAUUUUUUUGUAUUUGCAUUGAAUAGCUCGUUCAUCUGUUUGACCAGAGUAAUCUUUCCAAAAUAUUGUCUGUUUCCACUGCAGUGGUCUUGCUCUCUGCUUUGUGAUGUCCGGUUGGCAGUUGGAGGCAAGAGUUGAAUACUGCUUACUUGGAUCCAACUGCCAAGGAAUACCCAUGUUUUAUAGGAAAGGGGUACCAAUUUGCCACUAAAUUGCUCAGCUGUGUGAGGAAAGAGGCUUCAGCACCCGUGGGUGAUGGGAAUUGCUGCAUACUGUCAAUCACUGCCUGGUCUAACCCAAAGGGAGCCACAGAGCAAGCCAAUCAGAAGUGGGGUACACUAUUAAACCUGGGUCUUUGACGCCUUGUGUCUGCUGUCACUGUUUGACAGAUUUCUUUUGAGUUCAAGUUCAGUUUGUCAUGGAAUUUUCAUUUCGGCAUUUAAGGCAGUAUUCAUCACUGCAGUGUGUGUGUUAAUUUGAUUUCCUGUUCUGCAACUCCCUGUCAGCGCUGCCUUUCAAGGUCUCAGACAGGUCUAUUUUCCUACCUGGAUAACCAGUUCACUGCUUGCCUCUCAUUACUGUUGGGAAUCAAGGACUUGACUCUGCCUUAUCAGAGUGUUUGGGGUUACAGAGUUGGGUUUGAGAUGUGAAAAGCAUAUGAUCAUUUUGUUUUAUAAUAUAGUAUUGUAUGAAUUUCCUUUGCGUUUACAUUUUAGAAUUGAAGAGACCACAGAGUACAGUUUUUCUGUGAUUUUGUGAUUUUCUUGUGGAAGAUGGAUCAGUUUCUUGGUUGACCCUAACCCUAACCCUAACCCCACCCCCUACCUUUUUUCCUCCCAAGGACAAAAAUAUAUUGUGGGGCAAAAAUAAAUGAAAAGCGGUUCGUUUUGCAUGUACCACUGUUUUGUGAUCCUUGGUUUAGGAAAUGUUACUGUAACUUGUAUGUUUUUUUUGCAAUACAUGCUUUCUUUGUCAUGUCUA